AUGAGUGUCCUACAAAUCCUAACGGCAACAGUACUACUGUUAUGCCAUAUAGUAUUUGCCGAGACGAUUGGUUUUGUUCCUCCUCAGAGUUGGGAGAACAUAAACUAUAAGAGAUCCAUUGAUGUCAGUAAUUCCUACAUAAAAGAAUUGGCUGAAAUUACAAUCAAAAAUAUUGGUGACAAGCCUGCUGAUCGCUAUUAUCUUUCCAUUCCAACUGAAGUUUUCAAUAAGGUUUCCGUCUUCUCCGCAUCCUUGAGUGACGUGAACGCCUACAUCGAAAGUGCUCUUGUUCCAGAAAUCGUGAACGUGAGUGGUAGUCUUGAGGUCAGUUAUGGCUUGAUAAAAUUACCAGCUCCAAUUCAACCUCACAAGGAUGUUACUAUAACCAUAACCUAUGCGUACAAUCAAGGAACGGAGCCAUACCCAAAGCACAUUGAUUUAGGCGAGGACCAACAUAUACUAUUAACGACAAACAGUUUGCCAAUUUCUGCGUACGAAACUAAAGCAUACGUUUUAGAAUUCACCGGAAGCUCUUCUUUUUCAGAGCUGGUGCAAGAUUCUACAAUUUCAGGAAUGGAGGAGGGUGAUAAGUAUAUUUAUGGUCCCUACGAAAACAUUGGGGCAUUUGAAUUUGACGAACCCGUUAAAAUGAUAUACCGUCAUAAUUUGCCUCUACCUCGGGUGACACAUUUAAGUAGAUCUGCUUGGGUAUCUCAUUGGGCAUCAACUUUGCAAUUCGAGGAGUAUUACGAAUUGAUCAACGAUGCCGCCGCGCUAAAGAGCGGAUUUUCGAGAGCCACCUACAUGAAAGAGCAGCACGCCUUGAAACCCAGUAGCCAUUUGGUGGCACUCGAUAUGACACUUCCACCAAACUCAGAAGAUCAUUAUUUCACUGAUUUAGUGGGGAUGGUGUCAACUUCAAGAGUACUAGGCGACCACUUUUUCCUGAAGCCUAGAUACCCCAUAAUUGGUAGCUGGAAGUAUAACUUCACAAUUGGAUGGACAAAUCAGCUAUCUCAGUUUCUACAUGUUGAUAACCAAGAAAGUAACGUUUUCGUGCUUUCUGUCCCAGUACUGAAUGGUCCAAUGGAUACUUUUUAUGAUACCGUGGAAAUGUCAGUUUUCCUGCCGGAAGGCUCCGAAAUAUUGGAUGUUGAAUCCCCUAUACCAAUAAUCAGAACAAAAAUUGACAAUCAGAAAUCAUACUUCGACCUCAAUAGAGGGCAUGUUAAAGUCACUGUUGAUUUCAAGAAUGCCAUCGAUGCUAUUUCUAAUGGGGAACUAAUUGUCAGAUACAAGUAUACAAAAGCUGCCUUCUUUAAGAAACCGUUAUCGAUUGCAAUUUAUAUUUUCAUUGCAUUGACUGCCCUGUUUUUCUUGAAGCAGGUGGACUUGACAAUAAAGAAAUGA